GGUCCACGGGCGUACCUGGGAAGGUGGGCGUGGGAGCAGCGGCAGCACGUGAUGCAGCGCGCCCCGCUGCUGCACCGUGCCGGCGGCUGCGCUUCUUGCCUCUCCUCCACCACCUUCUCAGACGCUUGUGCUCCCACUGCUCCGCCUUCUCUCAUCACUAGCACAGCAGUGAUCUCCCGAAUUCACCCCCGACAGCCUCUCACCGCAAGGCCAGCAGCGCCGCUCCGCCGCCCAGCAUGAGCGACAAGCCGGAUGCCGGCCUCGAUGCCAUCACGUCGCGCAUCAACACCCUGAUGGGCAAGGCCGCAGAGGGCGCCAAGCCGGCAGACACAGCGGCAGACAAGCCGGCGGCAGACGCGCCAGCUGCCUCGAGCGCUGCGCCUGCCGCCGCGGCCGAUGCCAAGAAGCCAGACGAGGCCAAGCCUGCCGGAACAGACGCGCCUGAGGCGAAGAAGGAGGCAGCGCCGGCGGCAGCUGCGCCAGCAGCACCAGCAGAGGAGGAGAACUCGUCUUCGCUGCGGGAGUCGUCGUACGAUGUGACGGUCACGCUGGCAGACCAGCAGGCGGAUCCGACGUCGCCGCUGUACAGCAUCAAGUCCUUUGAGGACCUCGGCCUGGCGCCCGAGCUGCUCAAGGGCAUCUACGCCAUGAAGUACCAGAAGCCUUCGAAGAUCCAAGAGCGUGCCUUGCCGUUGCUGCUGCAGAACCCGCCACGCAACAUGAUCGGACAGUCGCAGUCUGGCACCGGCAAGACGGCAGCCUUCGUGCUGACGAUGCUGUCGCGCGUGGACUUCAGCGUGCCGAAGACGCAGGCUGUUGCGCUCGCACCAUCGCGCGAGCUGGCACGGCAGAUCAUGGAUGUCGUCCACGAAAUGGGCAAGUACACGCCCGUCAAGACGGCGUACGCCAUCCCCGAUGGCAUCAAGCGCGGCGAGAAAGUGACGGCGCACGUCGUCGUCGGCACGCCGGGCAAGACGUUCGACCUGAUCAAGAACCGCAGCAUCGACACGAGCGCGGUCAAGGUCUUUGUGCUGGACGAGGCCGACAACAUGCUCGACCAGCAGAGCCUCGGCGAGCAGAGCAUCCGCGUGAAGAACACGAUGCCCAAGUCCUGCCAGCUCGUCCUCUUCAGCGCGACGUUCCCCGACGUUGUGCGCGAGUUUGCCGGCCGUCUGGCGCCCUCGGCCAACGAGAUCCGGCUCAAGCAGGAGGAGCUCAGCGUCGACCUCAUCAAGCAGUUCUACAUGGACUGCAAGAACGAGGACCACAAAGCAUCAUCUUCUGCGCAAAACGCGAGACGGCCGACCGGAUAGCACAGCGCAUGACGUCCGAGGGCCACAAGGUCGACUCGCUGCACGGCAAGCUUGAGACGGCGGACCGCGACCGGACCAUCGAUGCG